AUGAGCUCUAAUAUCGUGGUAACAGCCAUUGGACAUGAUAGAGUUUUGAGCGAGGAAUUUAAAGGUCAAAUUUCCAAAUUUUUAGGUGAGCUAGAAGAUGUGCAAAUUGGCUCUGAAGUGGAGCUUUCUGCCCGUGCUCAAGACUAUUUCCUCAGUACCUCCAGAAGCGUUCUAGAUUUACGCAAACAAUUAGAGUGUUUGGAAACAGGCGAUGUGGAUAUUGUCGUGCAAAAAAACUCGAAAUUCCGUAAGGAAAAGGGUCUGGUAGUGUUCGAUAUGGACUCCACACUGAUUUACCAGGAAGUGAUCGAAUUGAUCGCUGCGUAUGCUCAAGUUGAAGACAAAGUGGCCGAGAUCACAGAGCGGGCCAUGAAUAAUGAGCUAGAUUUCAAACAGUCGCUCGCAGAGCGCGUGGGGUUGCUCAAGGGUAUCAAGACGGCCACGCUGUACGACGAGAUAAAACAGAAGCUACGGGUCACCCAGGGCGUGCCUGAGCUGUGUCGUGGUUUGAAAAAGACCGGCUGCAAGCUUGCGGUGCUAAGUGGAGGGUUCACGCCGUUUGCCAACCACAUGAAGGACGUUCUAGAACUGGAUUUCGCAAGAGCCAAUGUGCUGGCCACGGAAACCGAUUGCAACCAGCCUGAGGUUGAGGUGUUAAGCGGACACACUAUUGGAGAUGUAGUGGACGGUGAGUGCAAAGCACAGACACUGCUGGAGCUGGCAAAAGAGUACCAGGUUCCUGUGGAAUUGACCGUGAUGGUCGGCGACGGAGGCAACGAUUUGCCCGCGAUGGGCGUGGCAGGGUUUGGAAUCGCGUGGAACGCGAAACCAAGGGUCCAGCAGGCCGCUCCAUCGAAGCUGAACACCAAGUCGUUGAAAGAUGCAUUUUACGUGUUUGGAUACACGGAUGCCGAAAUCGCAACCCUAUUAGCCUAA